AUGUGGAAGUCCAUGCUCACGGUGCUGGCCCUGUGCGCGUCAUCACUUGCAUCUUCGCCCCUAGCGGACUUCGCCCUGCAGAAAGUCCUCGACGAUGCAUCCCCGAUAUUUGGCCCUUAUGCCGGCAGGUCAGGGAACAGAUCGCAGUGGAUGAAAAGCUAUUCUGACGACACAUUGCUGGUCCAUAUGAAUAUUCCCGGAACCCAUGACAGCGCAACAUGGAAUUACACCCAGGCCUCGCAAGACGCGAUGAAAGGCAUCACCGACCUCAAUCAGGUCGUUGUACCUGCCCCAGAGACAUUCCGCUGCCAAGAGUUGUCCUUGAUCAAUAUGCUUGAUAUGGGGAUACGCGCCUUCGACCUGCGAUAUGCUUUCGACCCAACCAACACCACCUUGAUUUUCUACCAUUCCAAGGCCCUGCUCUCGGAAAAAGCCUCCGUCAGUGAUGUGAUCUUUGGCUUUUAUCAGUGGUUAGAUGACCACCCUUCAGAGACGGUGUUCCUGUCAUUGCAGUAUGAGAGCUCAACGGCUUUACAUGCCUCCAACGACGCCGCUCUGCAAAUGCUGCUGUACAAUACACUCACUUCCCCAGCGGCCCGAAAAUACAUUAUCCAAACCAAAGACAGGCUGGGGAGCUUAGGCGAUGCACGAGGAAAGAUAAACCUCCUGCGCCGUUUCGAUCUGGACAAAUUACCGCAGUCUUACACAGCCGCGCUCCCCGGUCUGCAUUUCUCGCCUAGCCUUUGGACUGACAACGGGCAGGAUAUUGAACUGGUGUACAAUGCUGCGGAUAAUUUGACUGCUUAUAUCGAGGACUAUUACCAGCCCCUCACCCCAAUGGGCUCCGGUGCAGAGGAGAAUGUCCGAUGGAAAUACAACGCUACCGUGAAACACAUCAAUAAAGCCACCAAGGAGCAUCCGGACAGUUUGUUCUGGACCUUCGCGUCCGCCACAAAUACCCCGAACAACCCCCCCGUUUGGCCUCGCAUAAUGGCGCUGGGGAACGGCACGGAGUAUACUCCAGAUGGCGGAGUAAACCAGUUGCUGGUUCCCUUCUUAAAGGAACAGACCGGCAAGCGGGUGGGCAUUGUGAUGUUUGACUUCUUUGACCAGCCGGCCGAGUUGAUUGACAUCUUCCUGGGACUAUAG